AUGACAUCGAAUGGUAUUCAGUUUUAUCGUGUACGUGGAACCCAUUAUGAAUGUGCUCGGCACAUUGGUAUUGCAUGCCGAGAACUAAUUAAAAAACGUAUCGAAGAUGAUCGAAUAUAUUUGACACCAAUGUUUAAUUUCAUUCAAACAACAGAUGGUCACAAACUGCAUCAAGGUUUCAUUGAAAUUAUUCGCAAGACAUUUCCCUGGUAUUGGGACGAAAUUUGUGGUCUUGCCGAUGGUUCCGAAAUUCCAUUGGAACAAAUACUUGUGCUCAAUUUUGAAAAUGAAACUCAAACGGCUUAUCGUCUUCAUGAGGCACAAAAAGUGAAUCAUCAACAAGAAGACGAAGAAACUGGUGCAAAAGGCUGCACUACUGUAUUAAUCAAUCGACUUGAUACAAAUACUCUUUCAUUAAUACAUAAUGAAGAUAAUACGGCCGGUCUCUAUGAGACUGGUUAUCUCAUCGAAGCUGAUAUUAAAUCGAGUCCAUAUGAUAAUGGUACUAGAUAUAGUCCAGACGAAAGAUUUAUUGCCUAUUGUUAUGCUGGCGUCAUUCCAGGUAUUGCAUUUGGUGCAAAUAAGCACGGCUUUGCUUAUGCUUUGAAUGCACUCUAUCCGAAUUUCGUCGGGCAAAAUCGUAUUCCAAGACUAAUAAUCAAUCGAGCUCUACUUUCAAUCGCAGAUGAGAAUCAAUUGGAUGAAUUAAUUCAUACAAUACCUAUUGCUUAUGCAUUUUGUAUCAAUGGUGCAUUCUUUCGUGUACGCAACAAAGACACAUGUCAUUUGAUCAACUAUGAACUAGGACCGAAAUUCAAUAGUGAGACAAAUUUUGUUAGCAAAUGUCUCAUUCUCAAUAAUGAACAAUAUCGUCAAUACCAAGAAGUAAAUGAUACAGUAUGUGUUGCUUUAAAUUAUCUUAAUCAUUUCAAUCACUAUGAACGAUCUGACGGAUCAAUUGUCGAACGAGAACCACUUUUAUGGAGUCGAAAUCGUGCUCUACGUGCACUUGAAAUCGGUGAAAUAUACACUGUCAAAGACGCUCUGUAUCUAUUGGGCGAUAGAGUGGACGAAAAGUUUCCGAUUUUCUUCAUAGGUGGAACAACCGAAAUUAAUUUGGCAACACUUUGCACAGCUCAUUUUAACUUUCAUACUCGUCAACUUAGCAUUUAUCGAAAUAACCCAAAAAAUAAUAGUGAACCACAGCUAGUAUACAAUCUUGAUGAUUUAUUGAACAAUGAAUUCAAUACCAACAUAUAA